AUGAGCGCUGCCCGCCGCUGCUGCCCGCCCCGGGCCAUGGCAGGGUUAUUUUUCUGGCACCUGAAGAACACUGGAGUACGGCAGACACCAUGCCAGUUUGUGCACCUGUGCCAUGUAGCCAAUGGCAGGUUGAUUACAUUUCAGUACUUCCACUUUCUCAAGCGAAUGUAUGUAACGCAAUGCAACAGAGACCUCAGCCAACGAGCCAAGCCCAAGUCUGAUUCAGUUGCCUCUCCUUUUCGUGAGCAGCUGGAUCAAGAAAAAAAGGUUAUCCAGAAGGUUAGACCUGUGUAUCAACCUUUGUCUGAGCCACCAAGGAGGAGUGAGUCGAGAGAAAUGAAGCCAGCUGCAGGAACUGAAGAGCUGGUCCCAGCAGCGAGAGCAGAAUCCAGAGAAGACAGACAGUGGAAAGAGAUGAAGCUGCGGCUGGAUGAUCUGCCGGGAAUUUUGGCACGCUUGUCCAAAAUUAAGCUCACAGCCCUGGUUGUCAGCACCGCAUCCGCUGGCUUUGCCAUGGCCCCGGUCCCUUUCGACCUGACCUGUUUCCUGCUUGCCUCCCUUGGAACUGGACUGGCAUCCUGUGCUGCCAACUCCAUCAAUCAGUUCUUUGAGGUUCCAUUUGACUCAAACAUGAACAGGACAAAAAACAGACCACUGGUGCGAGGACAGAUCAGCCCCCUGCUCGCCGUCUGCUUUGCAGCCUCCUGCGGAGUCCCGGGAAUCGCCCUGCUGACGCUGGCAGUGAACCCCCUGACAGGGGCUCUGGGAGCCUUCAACAUUUUCCUGUACACCUGCUGCUACACCCCCCUGAAGAGGAUGAGCAUUGCCAACACCUGGGUGGGGGCUGUGGUCGGGGCCAUUCCCCCCGUCAUGGGCUGGACCGCGGCUACCGGCAGCCUGGAUGCUGGUGCACUGCUCCUGGGAGGAAUCCUCUACUCCUGGCAGUUCCCUCACUUCAACGCCCUGAGCUGGGGGCUGCGGGAGGACUACUCGCGGGGAGGCUACUGCAUGAUGUCUGUCACCCACCCAGGGCUCUGCAGGAGGGUGGCUCUGCGCCACUGCCUGGCCUUAAUUGGACUCUCCACAGCAGCUCCUCUGCUCGACAUCACCACCUGGACUUUCCCACUCAUUUCACUCCCUCUCAACCUCUACAUCUCCUACCUCGGCUUCUGCUUCUACAGGGACGCAGACCGCAGCAGCUCCAGGAAGCUCUUCUUCUGCAGCCUCUGGCACCUGCCACUGCUGCUGCUCGUCAUGUUCACCUGCAAGAAGUCCUUCCUGGAGAAGGAAGGCAAAGAUCUGCUGGCUGAAGGCCACGGGAGGGCCACAGAAAUGAGAUUGCCUUAAAUGUCCCUUGCUUGUUGUCCUGCUGGCACGUCAGGUAGUUCAUUUUGGUCACGACAAGGGGAAAGCUGUGGGGCUCUGUCUGCAGACAAAUCAUUUGUGCCUAGCGACCACUUCUUGAGAUCCUUUUCUUCCCGAAGGGAGUAGAGACCCGAGGGCUUUGCAGCGCUGGUGGGCUGGCUCACUCAUCACAGACCCAAA